AUGAUGCUGAUGAUGACGGUGAUGGUGGCAGUGAUGGUGAUGAUGAUGGCAACUGACUUUUUUGAGUAUUACUGGAUUAGCAUUAUCCAGGACAAUGAUCAGAGUAUCCUUAGGCUUGUGGAAUCUUUAGCAUUUAUGAUAUCUUUAAGAUCCUACCACCAGUCAGGUGGACCUUUUGAUUUUCAGGCCAAGCUGGCCACUUCUACCUCUACUAGGUCUCUGGAAGGCAGGAGACUGGGCUGUUUUGAUGUCAAGCUUGACAGUAAGGGUCUUCGAUCUUCCAGUUGGUCUCUGAGGAAAGCUCGGUCUUUUUACGAGGUGAAGACUGGAUCAUACGUGAACAACAAUGGGAGCAGGAAUACCAGUUUGGAGGCUCUUGCAGUGAGGCAUGAUGUGCUGGAAACUAGAGUGAUGACGGUGGGAGAGCUGGUAAAGGACCUAAUCAGGAUACACAUUGAGGAAUGGAUACAGACUCCGGUCUGCAUUAAAUGCAGGAUCAUUGUGUUGGAAUAUUUGAUGGUGAAGUUACCUUCCCAAAGUUCCAAGGAGGGUUUCGGGUCAGUGGAGAAGGUCGUGCUGCUCACGUUUCUUUCGGCAGUGAUCCUGAUGGCCAUCCUGGGGAACCUGCUGGUGAUGGUGGCUGUGUGCAGGGACAGACAGCUCAGGAAAAUCAAAACCAAUUACUUCAUUGUAUCUCUUGCCUUUGCGGAUCUGCUGGUUUCAGUGCUGGUAAUGCCCUUUGGUGCCAUUGAGCUGGUUCAAGACAUCUGGAUUUAUGGAGAGAUGUUUUGCCUCGUCCGGACAUCUCUAGACGUUCUUCUUACAACAGCAUCGAUUUUUCACCUGUGCUGCAUCUCCCUUGAUAGGUAUUAUGCCAUCUGCUGCCAGCCUUUGGUCUACAGGAACAAGAUGACCCCUCUGCGAAUCGCAUUAAUGCUAGGAGGCUGCUGGGUCAUACCCACGUUUAUCUCUUUUCUCCCCAUAAUGCAAGGCUGGAAUAACAUUGGCAUAAUUGACUUGAUAGAAAAGAGGAAGUUCAACCAGAACUCUAACUCUACGUACUGUAUCUUCAUGGUCAACAAGCCCUACGCCAUCACCUGCUCUGUGGUGGCCUUCUACAUCCCGUUUCUCCUCAUGGUGCUGGCCUAUUAUCGCAUCUAUGUCACAGCUAAGGAGCAUGCCCACCAGAUCCAGAUGUUACAACGGGCAGGAGCCCCCUCAGAAGGCAGGCCCCCAUCGGCAGACCAGCAUAGCACUCAUCGCAUGAGGACAGAGACCAAAGCGGCCAAAACCCUAUGCAUCAUCAUGGGUUGCUUCUGCCUCUGCUGGGCUCCAUUCUUUGUCACCAAUAUUGUGGAUCCUUUCAUAGACUAUACUGUCCCUGGGCAGGUAUGGACCGCUUUCCUCUGGCUCGGCUAUAUCAAUUCGGGGUUGAACCCCUUUCUCUACGCCUUUUUGAAUAAGUCUUUUAGACGUGCCUUCCUCAUCAUCCUCUGCUGUGAUGAUGAACGUUACCGAAGACCUUCCAUUCUGGGCCAGACUGUCCCAUGUUCGACCACAACCAUUAAUGGAUCCACACAUGUACUAAGGUACACAGUUCUGCACAGUGGACAUCACCAGGAACUCGAGAAACUGCCCAUACACAAUGACCCAGAAUCCCUGGAAUCAUGCUUCUGAUUGAGCAUGUGGCUCAAAUUAUCCAGUCAUUCCCAUUCAUGUUUGCAUGAACAGGACACCCUGCAUCACUCCUGAUCCUCAUUACCACCAGUGAGGCAUAAGGCAGUGGGAGCCAAGGGCCCAGGACAGUAUGUGGAGGACAGAGUUGGGCAGGACUGAGGCCAGAGCACCAAGGAUCUCAGAGUUGUGAAUGAACUUCAGGCAUCUUCAGGUCCAGCCUCCUACCCUGGGAUAGUAUCUUCCAUUGCAUCCUUGAAAGUUGGUCAGUCUC